AUGACAACAGAGACAACCGAUGGCUGUCCUCCAAUAUGCCGACCUGUAGCUCUUCGUCUCAAUGUGGUGUUUUUAUUGGAUGGAUCCGGUUCAGUAUCUGGAGCAACGUUCGAUAUGCAGAUGAAAAUGCUUAACAAAAUCACCAAUAUGAUGGAUAUUGGAAAAAAUGAUAGUCAGAUAGCUGUACUACAAUAUGCAGGUUACACCAAGCUUGAGAUUGACUUCAAUGAAAAUCAGGAUCCUGAUAAGCUUCUGAAUUCUCUGCGAAAUAUUCGACAUAUGUCCGGGACGACAAAGACAGGAAAGGCCAUGUUCAAAGCUUUGGAACUUUUCGAAAAAGCGAAACAAACUAAUGGACAAGAUGCUUUGAAGGUAGCCGUGAUCGUCACGGAUGGUCACUCUAACGACAAUCCACUACCAGCGGCUAAAGCACUUCGAGAUGCUGGUAAGGUGUUUAGGCAGACCGAUGUUGUCGGAGUUACCAUUCUUACGCUGGGAAUCGGAGAUCACAUUAAUAGAGAUGAAAUAGUGCGUAUCAGCGGUAAAGAUGAACUAGCUUUCCAGGAGCUCCACAGAGAGAUGUCGCUGAGAAAUUUUAUAUCUGGCUUCAAAAACUUAUCACAAGGAGAGCACUGCGAUUAUGCGAGAGGUUCAAAUGGAGUGCAGAUCACGUGCGGUCCUGAUUAUAUUCAAGCAGAAGUAUCUACCACGAAGAGACUGGAAGGACGCUUCUACUUCGGAGGUUUCCAUGCCGAUCCUGACUGUUUCGCAUCCGAUAACAGUAUAAAGCUGGAUUUGCAACAUGAGUACUACAACGCUAAAAUUAAGUCGCCAUUUGGGAAAUGUGGUUUGGUAAAAUCGUAUCAGUCCUCAACUGACUUUGUGAUAUCCGGUCGUGUGCUUCUACAGUUUGAUGGCCAUUUUGCCUCCGCUCGCGAUCCCUCCUUUGAGAUUCGUUGUUUCUACAACGAGAGCGUUAAAGCGUCGAAAGGAUUCGCACAAGCUGAGAGUGAUGUACAAGACCAGAGUUUAGUAAAUGAAGAAAAAAUUGCCGCAGACUCUACGAAACACACAAAGUGCAGAUAUGAAGUAAUUCCCCAAACACCGACUUGUUCAACUGCUGGAAUAAAUGUCGGUACUCAGUUAUUACACCGAUGGACCUGCGACCAUGCUCAUAAAAGGUUUUUUGUGCACUCUUGUGUUAUUAUGGAUCCUACCAGUCAGCGUAGCAGGCUUAUUCUCGACAGUCAAGGUUGCACUCUCGAUAAAUCAGUCAUUUCCAAUAUUUUGUAUUUCAAUAACGGCACAGCGACGUCAGUGGGAAAUGCAGUCCGUUUUGCUGAUUCUCCUGUUACACGCUACUCUUGUCAUUUGCGUCUGUUCAAACGACAAGACGAACUCAGUUCAAUUAAAAAUCGAUGCCGCAAUAAAAGACAAGUCAACUUUGAACACAACAGUGAUCCGGGAUUUGUUGAACUUGCAGAAGAAUCCCUCGCCUACCAUGACGAAAUGGAGAAGCUGCUCCCUGAUCUAGGUGAAGUCAUAUUGGAUUUGGCAAAAGAAAGAAUGUCAACAGUGACGACGACAACACAACAAUCUAAAACCUUUCCGCUUCGCUCGAUCACCUCCUUCUUUCCCUAUGGUGGAAUUGAUGUUCCAUUAACCUCCAAAAGCGUUACUAUUGUCAAAACUGAGCAAGCCAAAAAUCACUAUAGACAGGCCCUGCGACUACGUACCAAAGCACCUAAAUCCAUUUCCGCCCACACUGGGAGAAGCUCAUUACGUGAACUGAAUGUUGUAGGAGACGAUGCCAGACAUGCGGGAUCUUUCUUGGAAUCGCAUCCAAUGCGACAAGUGACUUCAACGGCGGAACUUACUAACAAGAAAGAACAGAUAGCAAUAAAUGUUGCAAAUAGGACGAAAAGGACCAGAAUGAUACGUCGCAUUCGUACAAGUGCAGCGCCACAUAUAACUACCAUUACUGUGAGGCCAGCUUCUGUGCAAGAGAAAAGAACGCAGGAGAACGCAAAAGGCGACACACAUGUCGAAGAAGUGGUGGUGACGAGUGAGCUACUCGUUGUGCGUUUGCCUCAUCAGAAUUUUGUUAGUGGUUGUUUGGAAGGUUCGCAGUGUUCAAAAUAA